AUGGACGUUACACCGUCUCCCUUUCUAGAGCCCGGGCACCGCACCCAAGCCGGCUCUCUUGCCAUUGUCAGCUUGGCGCGUGACGACUUUGAUGCAAUUCGCCUCGAACAGUCCUCGGGCGCAGUCGAUGGAUACGCAGAGGGCGCGACAUUAAAUACACGGUUCGGUUCAUUUCCACACUCGACGCUUCUCGAUAUACCCUGGGGCUCUCAAGUUCGCGCAUCGGCAGUAGAUACCGGCUCGCGAGGUCGCAAACGCCGCUUAGAAACGACCGACGAUGAUACACCGGUCGUGAGCCAAGACGAGGGUGGCAAAGCACCUGCGAAAAAGGCCACCGUGGCCAGCAGUGGUUUCAUUUACAUUCUUCGACCUUCUCCAGAACUCUGGACGAGCAGUCUGCCGCACCGGACGCAAGUCGUCUACACACCCGACUACAGCUACAUCCUACAACGUAUACGAGCUCGCCCCGGCACCAGAAUAAUAGAAGCCGGCGCAGGAAGUGGCAGUUUCUCGCAUGCUUCUGCACGAGCUGUGUAUAAUGGAUAUCCCAAAGACGAGACCGACACAAAGGGCAAAGUAUUUAGCUUUGAGUUCAACGAAGACCGAUUCCACAAGAUGGCAGAGGAGAUUGAAAGCCACUCUCUUACGGGCAUCGUACAAAUACAGCACCGCGAUGUGUAUAGAGAUGGAUUCAUGGUCGACGGAAAAUCACCAGAUGCCACGGCUAUAUUCCUCGACUUGCCAGCGCCAUGGAAAGCUCUCCAGCACCUCUCGCGGCGCAUUGGCUCUUCGCCCCUGGAUCCUAAGCAAACAGUUCACAUUUGCACAUUUUCACCCUGCAUUGAGCAAGUUUCGAGAACAGUUACAGAGCUGCGAACGCUUGGAUGGACCGAUGUUGACAUGGUUGAGAUUUCACAACGCCGCCUCAACGUCGUGCGUGAGCGGGUCGGCGUGAAUCUGCCCAACGAGCGCGGCAACUCACAAACACCGGCUGACGUGCUCGAAGCUGUGACGAAGCUGCGCAAAGUGAAUCAGCAGAAUAAACAAUUUCAAAAAUCGCAAAUUGCGCAAAACAAAGGAACUGCCGCUGAGCCGAUGGAUAUUGACUCAUCAGCUGCGGCUUCGGAGACGGCGCCGGCACCAGGGAAGCUUCCGGCGGAUGACGACCACGACAAGCCCUGGAUGCAAGGACGACUCACUCACCGCUCCGAGAGCGACCUCAAGACGCACACUUCAUACCUUGUCUUUGCGGUGCUGCCGCCAGAGUGGACCGAAGAGGACGAGGAAAAGGCGUUGGCCAAGUGGCCGUGUGGCCAGGAGAGCAAGAUCAUUGGCAACGUGGAUAAGCAAGCGCGCAAGAAGGAAAAGAGGGAGCAGCUCGCCUCGCGAACCAAGAAGCGCAAGACUAAGGGCGAGCCGCUUGAUUCGCAGACCAAGAGACAAAAGACGGACAAUGAUACCCCAGCCGAGUCUGAGAGCGCGCCAGCUACAGAAUAG